AUAAGGAAAAGGAAAAACUAUGAAAUCGGGAGAUUAACGGGAGUAAUUAACGAUCAGGAUCACAGCGAGAGAAAGGGUUCAAAAAAGGGAGACACCCGCAAACAUCGGGAGUGUUGGCAGAUUUAUUUAUGUACUGAUACAGCAUGACUACAGCGUAUUAAGGGCAUAUGGAGACGUCGCAAUUAUGUCGUAAUGUUUUGCUUUUCUCAGAACGAAAAAAAGAAAAAAAUAGCAUUUAACACAUAAUAAUGCAUCAUCAAUAGUAUAUUAUUGUUAAUAUUGUCACAUUCAGUCAGUGGUCAUACUCUCCUCUCCUCUUUUCACCUUUUAACGUUUCCAUCAGGCCAAAAGAGUAUUUUUUUAAUGCCAAAAAUAGCGCCAAAUACCCAUUCAUUCGGAAAUCAAUAGUAAUUGGUUGUAAUUAUAAUUAGAAAAUGAUUUUUGUGACAUUCAUGUGAAUUUUUUUUUUUAAAAAGAAACAGGAAAUCCGUCUUUUAUUUUAAUUGUUGAUCAAUGUCUAUGAUGUACAGUAUUGUCAUUCUUGAUCACGGCAGAAUUACGUCUUUAUAUGUCCUUGUUAAUUGUUGCACAGGUGCAAAGAUGAACCACUGUGGUCUGCUAACUGCCAAGAAGGAACCAGUUCCUCUGAAGAGCAUUGAAGUGGAGCUGGAGGUGAGGGACCAUGUGGCUACAGUGGUCUCCACUCUGCUCUACGAGAACAAGGAGGACAAACCACUGGAGGCUGUUUUUGUCUUCCCUCUGCCUGGAGAUGCUGCUGUCUGUCAUUUCAGUGCUAAGAUUGGACAAACACAGAUUGUAGCUGAGGUGAAGGAGAAACAGAAGGCUCAUGAGGAGUAUGAUGAUGCAUUGAGCUCCGGUCAGCAGGCCUUCCUAUUGGAAGAGAGUGAUCAGAGCCCGGAUAUAUUCUCUCUGAGUGUGGGCAGUCUGCCUCCAGGAGAGAGCGCCUCCAUCAGACUGGAGUACGUCACUGAGCUGGCUGUGCAGGCUGAUGACGGGCUGAGGUUUUGUCUGCCUGCUGUGCUCAACCCUCGCUACCAACCUCAGGGUAGUGAAGGUGGCAGCGUCCAGGUGACAUCUGUUCCAGCCUCUCUGGUGCCCUACAGUCUGUCUUUCUCUGCCCGGGUGUCUUCUCCUCGUCCAAUCUCUAAAGUAGAGUCCAAGUGUUCCCUGGACCCUCUCCAGUACCUCAACACAGAGCAAACUCAGGCCACGGUCAAGUUGGCUGCAGGACACAAGUUUGACAGGGAUGUUGAACUGUUGAUUUAUUACAAAGACGCCCACCAGCCCACUGCUGUGGUGGAGGCAGGACAGGCCUCUGCCAAGCCUGGCACUCUGAUGGGUGAUCCAGUGGUGAUGCUGAGCCUGUACCCUGAGUUCCCCCAGGCUGUGAUGUCUUCAGUCGCCUCAUGUGGAGAGUUUGUGUUCUUGAUUGAUCGAUCUGGAAGUAUGGAUUGUCCUAUGGAUAACAGCAACCAGCAAGAGACUCGCAUUGGCAGUGCCAGGGAUACUCUACUGCUCCUGCUGAAGAGUUUACCAAUGGGCUGCUACUUCAACAUCUACAGUUUCGGGUCCAGUUAUCAACACAUCUUCCUUAAGAGUGUGGAGUACAGUGAGAAGACUAUGGAAGAAGCUCUGAAGAAAGUUGAGGAGAUGGACGCUGAUCUGGGAGGAACAGAGAUCCUGGAGCCCCUCAAACAUAUUUACAGCCAGCCCUGCAUUCCCAGUCAACCAAGACAACUGUUUGUCUUUACUGACGGCGAGGUGGAGAACACCAAAGAAGUUAUAAAUCUGGUGAGGGACAACUCAGGCUCCCACAGGUGUUUCUCUUUUGGGAUCGGGGAAGGAGCCAGCUCUGCUCUUAUCAAUGGGUUGGCCAAGGAAGGAGGAGGUCACGCUCAGUUCAUCACAGGAACUGACAGGAUGCAACCAAAAGUGAUGCAGUCGCUGCGAUUUGCUCUGCAGCCAGCAGUGGUGGACAUCUCAGUCACAUGGGAUUUACCAAAGGCAGUGUCUGUCACUGUCCUCUCUCCACCCAUCACAACAAUUUUCCAGGGUCAAAGGUCACUGGUUUAUGCUCAGCUCACUGGACAGGUAGGAGCAGCACCAUGUCAUAGUGAAAUACCUCUCUGGUCUGAUUUUUCAGCUUUGAAAAAUAGUCCAGAGGCAGCAGAGGGCUGUGUGACGGUGAAGUACAGCCUGACAGGUCAUCCAUCCCAGAACCAGCUCCGCUUCAGUCUCAAACCUGCAGAGGACACUGGACUAACAGUCCACAGGUUGGGUGCUCGGACUCUGAUUCGCUCCCUUGAGAUGGAUAUUGGGAAUGAAGUAGAGCAAGAUGAAGGAGUGAAGCAGAAGGUGGUGGAGCUCAGUGUCCAAUCAGGAGUGAGCAGCUCCUUCACCGCCUUCAUUGCUGUCAAUAAAGAUGACAGCGAGGCGAUUCAAGGGCCUCUGUUGCGAAGAAAUGUUCCAGCACCCAGGAUGAUGUUUGCCUCCUACUGUACGAUGUCAUGUGCUUCUUCAGACAUUUGUUAUGCUGAUGAUAGUUGUGAAGCAGAGGCAUAUUGUCUGGAAGAGUGCUGUGACGAAGGUGACGAAGGUGAUGAAAGUGACAAAACUCUGUCGUGCUCAGGCCCCUUUGAUAACAGUUUUGAAGCCGCCAUGCCCAAGCAGCCUCGCAGAGACCCUUUGCUGCAGUUGGUGUCCCUCCAGAAGGCGUCUGGUUGCUGGUUGCUUGAACCAGCUCUGGCUGCUGCACUGGGAAAGACCAGCGAGGAGGUGGAAAACCCCAAACCGUCAGUGGUGAACAAGGAAGUGUGGGCCACCAUUCUGGCUCUGAUCUGGCUUCAUGGUUUCAAGUCAGAUGUUCAGGAUGAAUGGGAGCUUCUGGCUAUGAAGGCUGCAUCAUGGCUCUGUGCUCAGAAAGCACCAUGUGUGACAGAGUGUGUGGAAGCUGGAAAUGCACUGCUGGGUUGCAAGGUGCAGAAAGAUUCACUGGGGAUUUGAGGUUUUUGUUAAACUGGCUUUUCCUUCCAGAUUGGUACAUAGGAGCAGAUUUACUCCAUCCUGCAUUUACUUCAUCAACAUUGAAUGUUACUACUUUGCACUUUCUACUUUUAUGAUAUCUUGUGCCUUAGUAUAUUUGCACUGUGCUUCAUCCAUCCAGGAUCAGCCAUGUAACAAGACAUUAGUGUUUUUCUGUGUCAGUGCUUUAAUGUUGCUUUGUAUCAGAAAUGGUUUCUUGUUCCAGAAAAUUAAAGUUGAAUCUUUGGACCUGAAUCUUCUUUGUGCAUUUAAGCUCAAAGAAGACAACAACACAUUUCUCCAUGCAGCGUCCCAUAAAACUGUGAGAAAUCAUUGUUGGCACAUACAUAAGGGAUACAUGCACUUUACUGGAUACUGAAUGUACUGAAUGUACUCUACACUAAGUCUCAUAGAUUUAUUACAGUGCAUUUCUGUUGAAACCAGACCUCAGCCUUUCAGCAUGAAGUUGUUGUAUACACCUGAUCCUGUUGGUCUAAUGAGAAGAUCUUUGCAUUAGACCGGUAGGAUCAGCUGCAUACAACAAAGACAGAAAGAAAAGAUAAAUCAAAACAGAAAAGAGAUUGAAAUAAUAUUAAAAUAUAUUUAAAAAAUAAUGAAAAAGUUCUGUACACACACGCAAAAGGUUUGACUGGUGCUCUUUUAAUUAUGUGAAAGCUGUGAAGCUGAUGCACACUGCAACUGUUUAACAUUUCUUACAAUUCUACCCACAGGGGGCGCUACUGUAAUAUUAUAACAUUAUAUUUCUACUAUUGUUGUCUUUAAUAAAAUGAAACUUGGUACACAAGUUCUCCAUAAGAAAGUGCACGACAUAUUGAAGCAUGGCACCAAUAACUCCACCUUGUAUCCAUUAAUGAAACACCACCAUACUACUUAUUAACUGCCACAGUGGAGGUCAAUGGUAGAGAGGAAUAAGAUAUAGCCUAUCAGGCCCUGAAUACACAUAUAAUAGCUGUU